AUGGCCCCCACAGCUCUCAUCAUUUACUGGGCGUUGGGUGCAAUAAAGAAUAUCUACUUCCACCCGCUGAAAAGUAUACCAGGACCACUUCUGCCCCGAGCAAGCAACCUCUAUUAUUACUACUACAGCAUCUUCCAGGAUGGAGCACUCUCCCAGCGUCUCCCCAGUCUCCACCAAUACUAUGACUCCCCAGUAAUCAGAAUCGCUCCAAACCAUGUCCACAUUAACGAUGUGGACAUAUACCGCCAGCAAGUCCCCUCACACACUAUCUAUUCCAAUACUAACGUAUCCAGGGUAUAUUGCAACAAAACAAAAUUCCUGAAAUGGGACUUCUUCUACCAAUCAUCAGAAAAGGUCGAUUCAAUCGUGACGGUGACAGAUCCACACCGCCAUCAAAUCUAUCGGAGUCGGUUAGGUCCGCUGUUUUCCAUGCGAAGUAUUGACCAGUCGUCUUCGUUGAUUAUUGGGCAGUUUAUCAAAGCAGGGGACUCGAUGAUCAGACUGUCUGAAAAUGAAGAGAUGGUGGAUACUGGUGCUAUAUUUAAAGCUUUGGCGUUAGGAAUGACAGAGGAAUUGGUUGACUACGACAACGCAGAAAAAGACCUACUGCUAACUAGCCUCGAUACCGUGACUACUCGUAUACAACUAUGUCCCUACACAGUCCCGGGCCUUGUCCAACUCAAACAAAAAUGCAUCGAAAGUAUCUCUCGAUCUGUUGAGGCCAGAAACACCGGAAAAAACGCUAAACCCUCUCUGUUCGACAGUCUACUAGAUCUUUAUCCCGAAGAAGCAGUCGAUCCAGAGAAAAAUAGUAAUCGAUUAUAUGAUCAUGCUAUGGCUAUGAUAUUUGCCGGUAUCGAGAGUGUCGGGUAUACGUUCUCGGCUGCUAUAUUUUAUCUUCUUAGAUCUCCGGAUGUCUUGGGCAAGCUGAGGGAGGAGUUGGAGGGGUGUGAUGUGAAACUUAAGCGGGAGACGUUUGUUGAGGAUUUUGGAUGGCAUGUUUUGCUUCAGUUGCCCUAUUUGACUGCUGUGAUCAAAGAAACACUUCGCACCUUUCCAGUCGCACCUGGACCUCUUCCUAGAGUUGUUCCAUCAGAGGGUCUAUCAGUUGGCUCUCACGUUCUACCGGGUGGUACAAUAAUCUCUGCAACAAUCAACGGCUUUCAUAAGAAUCCCUCUAUCUUCCCGAAUCCAGACCAAUUCGAUCCAUCCCGAUGGCUGGACAAGAAUGAUAUGAUGGAAAAAGCCUUGACGCCGUUUAGUCGUGGGACUAGGGGGUGUAUUGGGAGGACGUUGGCUAUGAGAGAACUAUAUACUGGAAUUGCGUAUUUGGUUUCGAGAUGUGAUAUGGAACUGUCCGGGGAAUAUCCCGAUACCAUGGAGUUUAGUGACCAUGGUGUGGCGAAGCCUUUGAAGCCUGUUAUUGUUAGGAUAUAUCUGGCAGUGAAGAUUCUCCCCAACUCGAUAGAUCAAAUCUACCCAGUCUGCAGAAUUUCCCUUCCGGUCCUCUCUGAAUCAACAGGAAAUGCACAUAUCUAG